GUGGUGUGUAGAAAAUCGCCGUUUUCAGGAGAAUGGAUGAAUGUUGAUGAUUGAAAAUGCCUCUUUAUGAUACUUUUUGAUACAGAUAUUGUUCUGAGAAAUUGAUAAAAAAAGUCUGUUCUUGAAGAGGCAUGCUUAAAAGGCAACAUGAGCAGUGACAGUGGUAUUCUUUUGAUUCGGAAUGAUGGUACCAUUCAGCUUAAGGGAGAUUCCAAAAUUCUUGGAGAAUAUCAUCUUAAGCAUCGUCUCAUGGCAAGACUUAAGCCUGAUGGGUCUAUGGGUGUUUUUAUGAUACCUGAACAAGGACCCAACAGUGGAAAGAUGUUUGCAGUUUUGCCAAACGGACCGUCUGGAAAAGAAGGUGUUGGAUGGGAGCAUGUCGUGUCCGGUGACAGUACUUACUUACGACCAGUCUUUAGGCCUAUGAUAGAUAAAAAGGCUACACCAGCUUCAAAAAGUCUGUCUUCAAAAUCCGCCAAACCUUCACUUCCUUCAAGUGAGCCUAUUGUUAUAGAUCUAUGUGAUGAUACUGACGCCGUUGAAUCGCAGAAAAAUGAUAAUUCAAAGCAUACUCAGUCUACUGCACCAACCCCAGUUAUGUUGUUCACAAAGGACAGUGCAGCUAAAUUAAAUUCUAAGUCAAUGAUUGUUACACCGUCUUCAAAAACGACUCCAGAUUCACAAACUCUAAAUAGCCAAACCAUAUCCAGCACUUCAAAAACUGCCAAUGCUUAUUUAAUCAAUGAUGCAAUAACACAGAGUCUAAAAGAUUCGACCAUUUCAAAAACAUUUCAAAAUACAACUCCAUCUGUUCACAGUGUCUCAAAGAAUACGCAGAUUAUAGGAUCCAGUGUUCAGAGGGUGAAACAGAAUGAAACUGUAGCACGUGCAACAGUGCAAUCAAAUAGUCCGUCUGUUACAUCAGCUAGAACCAUCUCAAACACAGGUAUUAGUCAGACACUGGUUUCAUCAAAUGUUUAUCCAUCUAAGACAUUUAGUGCGUCUCAAAAUUACUUACCAACCGUAACCACCUACUUACAACAGCAUCCUAGCGUCUCAUCAAGACCUACUGUACAGGUACCCUUACAAUCUAUUACUGGAAGUGGACAGUUGUCUUUUACAACUAAUGGUGCAAUUCCUGCAGCCAGGAUUGUGAAUUCAAAUUUCAAUAAUACUGCACAAAAUCCAAGAACGCAAGUAGUUCCAACAGGACACCAUCAAGGCAUUUCCACAUCCUUUUCCACGCUUAAUCGCGGAGGAUUAGUAUCAUCAUCAGCUAAGCCCAGCAUGCAAACACCACAAUUACAAACAGUAUCUUUUCCAUUCGUUCCAUCAUCGUCAGUGACACAAUCUCAAAUCUCAAAUGAAAUGAGCCGUAUCUCAACAACAGUGGCAAAGAACGUCGUCAUUUCUGCAGAUGAUGCACAACCAACCACAAAGGCACAUACAGAGAUCAGUGAAUCUCCCAUUCAAAUUAACUCUGUGUUUUCACUUGCUCCAGUUGAUCCAAUUAAGCCAUGGCUGACAAACGGAAAGAACAUGCCACUCUCAGAGGUAGAUUUCUGGGCAGAGGCGAUUAAACUUAAGAUAUCGGAUGAAACUUUGGCUGAUAAACGGUUGCGAAAAGGUUGUUCUGUCGUUCUUCAACGUACAACUUCGCAUCGACCAACAAAAAUGAGGGGAUGUCGAGUGAAAGAUUCGCAGUGUAGUGUAGCUUGUCGAAAAUUAUUUGUGAAGAAGCUUUUGAAAGAUCUCACGAGGAAAAAGCACUUGAAACUAAAGAGACGAUCCAUAUAUGCUUCGUUGAGAUUACAAAUUAGAAAGAAAGUUAAAGAGACUCGGAGUAAAAUAUCGGAACCCAUGAAAAAAGCUCCACAAAAUAUCCCAGCUCUGAAUAAUUUUUCACAGAGAAGCUUAAGCAACCCAGUACAACAUCCUACCCCACGGCUUCGGUUUUCUAACUCGGUGCUUUCUGUCAAUCAGAUAGGCCCUAAAACAACUUUAGCAAAUCAAAACAGAUAUCUGCUCUUGCGGAUGAAUGGCCAAAAUGUCCUUGUUCCAAAUCCAUGUACCAGUGUCAACUUAAGUUCGUUUGUGUCUGUACCUAUAUGUGUGACUGCAAAUAUAGGAACUCCAGCAAUACAAGUAAACCCACUGAACAAUCCAAGAUCUCUUUUAGGGACACGCUUAGCUCUAUCGUCUGGAAAUUCUUUGACACAAGUUGGUCCAAAUUUGCCAAAUCCUUCCAGGUCGUCUGUUUCUUCACUACCUCAGUUCAACCCUAUCAGCAACGUUCUACCCAGAGUAUCAGUAAGCAGUAGUGGUACGUAUUCCUUAAAUACAACUGUUCAAUCUGGAGGUAACAUAAUUAACAGUACUAUCCCUGUGUUCAAUCCUCAGUCUGGAACAGUGAGGAUACCUGCACCACCUGUAGUCAGUUCUGGUCAGGUUCGGUUGGGAAUGGUUAACAAUUCUACACCAUUUCCGGUCGCUGUUAGAGCAGCAAAUCUGGUAAACAAGUCUACUCCCUAUCCUGUGGCAGUUAGGACAGUAAAUCCACCAGCACCUUCGAGGCCGCUUUUGCAAAGUCAGAUGACUGACUUUACAGCUAGACUUGGAACUUCAACAGGAUUAAAUACUGUUGUUCGAACUCUGCCUCCAACUUCCUCAUCGACGUCUUUUUUGUCUUCUCAGGCAACUUUGCUAACAUCGACAAGUACUGUAACUACUGCAACAUCAGAUGCCCAAACAGUUGUCGACGAACCUAUCUCAAGUGUGGCAAAAUCAAAAGUAAACAAGGGGACUAAAUAUUAUUUCAUCCCAGGUGGAGUGAAAAUUAAAACAGAACCAAAGUCGUCUGGUUAUGGAGAGGAAGAGAAAAAGCAUAAGAAACAUAAAAAACAUAAAAGACCACGAUCUCCAAGUAGUGAAGGCUCUAUUGAAAAAGCAGAUAAAAAACAAAGAGCUGAAACUGAAGACAAUUUAGCAGAUGAAACCUUGUUAAACGAUAUUGCCAAGGUGAGUAGUGAGACAGAUAUUGAAAACUUAUCUAAAUCUGAGAUGAGUGCAGAAAGAAUCAAGCAGCUGAGAGAAAAACUGAGUGAAAAUCAACGAAAACUAGAGGAAUAUCUUCGACAAGUUGAUCAAUAAGCAACUGACAUCAAGAGCAGACGAUUGCUUUCAAGGAGAUGAAUCCUUAAGAGGGUUGCCAAUACUUGUGAAUAUGAUAAGAUGAAACAAGAUCUUUAGCUUUAGAUAAUUUUGACAAUGUUUAUUGUUUUAUGUUAUCUACAAUUCUGCCAGAGACUGACAUUGUGAAAGUCUCAACAUGUGUUUUCAAAUAUGAUGCUAGAUUAGGGGCUAUUUAAUGGUUUCCACAUUUACAUUUAAAGUAAUUGCUCUGACAUGAGCCCAAUUAAUUUUCGAUGGUCUCAUGCAGAAAAAGUGUCUCUUCAUUUGCAUAAAAAUGGAAGAAACAGUGCUUCUUCAUUUGCAUAAUUCACAGUUGUUUGCCUGUUGGAGAACGGAUAUUAGUAUGUGUUUUGAGAUUUUUUUUUUCAUGUCCGUAUUUAGUUGAGCACUACAGGUCUGUGUAGCUCGCUGGUCUAAAAGAAUAGGGAUGGACGACCAGAGAGAUACAGAUCCACAAACAGAAGAAAAAUUCUAUAUGUAUUGCACAAACAGUGCGAACGUUUAGCAAUUCAUUUCUCCUAAUAUUAAGCUAUCGCGAGAUAUUACACCAUGUUUUGAACAUAUUUUUCACCUUCUACAACAAAACAUUCCCAACACCCUCUCCCCCGGACCUGAAAUAGAGAUCAUCGAAAAUUUUGUCUGUUUAUACUGCCAUUUUAGGUGGCAAAAUAACUCGACCCUCUAUUGUUUUUAAGUGAUAUUGAAUAAGAUUUUCGUCCAUUUAAUUUUGAUAAAACUUUUGAUCUUAAUUAACUAAAUCUUAUUUCAAUUGAAUAAAUCGUAAGGAAAAUAUUUUUGGCCGCUUUUUCAAACAAAUAUAGUGAUGUGUUCAAAGUACAUUAUAUACUUCAUAUAACAAGUAAUUAUGGGCAUCUAGUUUUAAAAUGUAUGUGCAAAUCAUGCCACUCAAAACACAGUAU